GUAAUCGAGCCCUCGCGAAGCGCUUGGAGGAGCCCGAUAGUCUUGGUGCCCAAGCCGGAUGGGACCACCCGAUUCUGCAUCGACUAUCGCGAACUGAAUAAGGUGGCCCAGUUCGAUGCAUACCCCAUGCCCCGAGCAGAUGUGUUGGUAGACCACCUAGGGUCCGCCCGCUACCUGUCGGCCCUAGACUUGACGAAGGGCUACUGGCAAGUGCCCGUGCGGCCAGCGGACCGGGAGAAGACAGCCUUUGCCACCCCACGAGGCCUCUUCCAGUUCAAGAAGAUGCCGUUUGGUCUACACGGGGCAGCUGCCACGUUUCAGCGGCUGGUAAUCGAGCCCUCGCGAAGCGCUUGGAGGAGCCCGAUAGUCUUGGUGCCCAAGCCGGAUGGGACCACCCGAUUCUGCAUCGACUAUCGCGAACUGAAUAAGGUGGCCCAGUUCGAUGCAUACCCCAUGCCCCGAGCAGAUGUGUUGGUAGACCACCUAGGGUCCGCCCGCUACCUGUCGGCCCUAGACUUGACGAAGGGCUACUGGCAAGUGCCCGUGCGGCCAGCGGACCGGGAGAAGACAGCCUUUGCCACCCCACGAGGCCUCUUCCAGUUCAAGAAGAUGCCGUUUGGUCUACACGGGGCAGCUGCCACGUUUCAGCGGCUGGAGCAGGUUAGUGUAGUGAUGUGCUUGGAUCUGGGCGAUCCUGGACCAAUUAACUUCUCUCAGCCACACCUACCUCAUAAGGUUGGCGUAAUAUAG